AUGGAAACAGAUUCCGUUAUACGAGCUCUAUCUAGUACGACUUCUUCCUCUACGUCUACUACUGAACAUAGCAGUGAUCAUGAGGCAGGAAAUCAUAUCAUUCUAUACGUUCUUGCUGGGCUCAUGUUUGGACAAAUAAUCAAGCAUAUCACAGCAAAGAUCCAAGUUCCAUACACACCAGUCCUCGCUAUUUUUGGAUUAUGAGUUGGAUUUGCAUAUGAAGGACUUGGAAACUGGGGGGAAGGAGCUGAAAGAAUUGCCAGGCUUGACCCACAUACUUUCUUUCUAAUAUUCCUUCCUCCAUUGAUCUUUGAAUCUGCAUUUUCCAUAGAUUGGCAUAUUAUCAAAACUGAGAUCGUACAAAUUCUUAUUUUAGCAGGACCAUGAUUGGUGGUAAAUGCUUUCCUCACGGCAAUUGCAAUGAGAUAUAUUCUUCAAUACGAUGGUGAAUUCACUUGGGAAGCAGCUAUUAUGUUUGGGGCCCUAAUCUCAGCCACAGAUCCAGUUGCAGUUGUGUCACUUCUGAAAGAGUUAGGUGCAUCAAGAACACUCUCGACUAUGAUUGAAGGAGAAAGUUUAAUCAAUGAUGGUACAGCUUUUGUUAUGUUCUCAGUCACGCUUGAAUUAGUCAAAGGAGAAGAAUUCAACUUCGGUACAAUCGCUCUUGACUUUGUUAGACUGUCCUUUGGAGGCCCUCUUCUGGGUAUCUUCUUUGGAGUCAUCAUUUCUUUUUGGUUAAAAAGAAUUUUGAACAAUUCCAUUCUUGAAACAAACCUAACAAUUGUUACUGCAUAUAUGGUGUUCUAUGUAGCAGAAAGUUGGGAACUUGAAGUUUCUGGUAUCCUAGCUCUUGUUGGCCUCGGUCUCUAUAUGACUAAGGUUGGUAAAACAAAGAUUAGUCAUGAAUCCGAAGAAACAUUACACCAUAUAUGGGGUUACCUAGGAUUUUCAUGAGAGACUUUGGUCUUCAUGAUGGCUGGAACAAUCAUUGCAUUGAAAGUGUUUGAGGGAGAAUCAGAUAUUGGAUGGAAAGACUGGCUUAAGCUUCCUGGCUUAUACAUCCUCCUCCACAUAAUUCGUUUUGGAAUGGUGUUUUUGUUAAGAUGGCCGUUAAGCAAAAUUGGAUACGGUUUGACCUGGGCACAAGCUACUGUUCUCGGUUAUUCAGGACUCAGAGGUGCAGUCUCGUUAGUUCUCUCUCUGAUUGUCUUUCUAGACACUGGAGUGAAAGAUCACAUCAAGGAUAUCGUUAUCUUCCACACAGCUGGUAUCGCAAUUCUCACUUUGGUCAUCAACGGAACAACAAUGGGAUUCUUGAUUAGAAAAUUAGGAUUAAUGAGAAUGAGUGAAGUUAAAAAGAAAAUGCUCAAAAACUUAGUCAAAGCUUAUAAGAAAGAAGUAAAUGAGGUAAUCUCCCAGAUGCAAGAGAAUGAGAACUAUAAGAAAAUCGACUGGGAGAUCCUCAAGAGUACAGCAAAGGCUGAUGAAAUCAAGAAAAAGAUCUUCAAGAAUCGAAGAAUCGCAAAGGAAGAGACUGAGCAAAUUAGAUCGUCCCAGCUGAAAAAUAAUGAUCUGAUGAUUGAUAAAGCUGAAUAUUCAUUCGAAGAGUUAUACCUAGAAGCCAAGCAUAGAUAUCUGACUACCCUCAAAGGUAUCUAUUGGGACUACUUUCAAGAAGGGCAGUGUUCUUCUAGAGCAUGCUUGCUUUUGAUUGAAAGUGCAGACAGAGGUAUAGAUCAUAAUGAGGAUACGUUAAAGGAUUUCCAAUUUAUCAAAGGAUACUUCAAUAGCAAUUGGUGGAUGAGAUUUAUCAUGAAGUUCAAGAAAGUUUGGAUUAUCAGACAUUUUGUAAAGAAUCAUCUAUAUAACAACAUUUCGUUUAUCUAUGAUGUAACAGUAAAUUAUGUUGAAGGUCAUGAAGAUUGUCUCGAAAUGAUUCGUGAGAUUGUUCACAAUGAGGAUAUCCUUGAGCGUUUGGAUAAAGAGAUCCACAAAGAACAUAGACAUGCAGUGAGCCUAUUGCACAAUGACCUGGAAGAGAACUUCCCUGAGGUAAUCAAAGCAGUCCAACACAAAAGAGGAAGCUUCUUCCUGAUCAACAAGAUGAGAGAAUUCGUAAACAGAAUGAUCGAGCAUGGUCAGAUUGAUUUUAAGGAAGCUAAGUUCUUCCUCCAUGAACUUGACAAGUCUAGCAGAAAUCUUGAGCUCAAUCGAAUGAAGAUAGAGUUUGAAGAGGCAGAUCAUGACUUUAUGAAGCAUUGUGAUAUCGCCAGGAUCUUCAAGCAGGAAGAUCUUGAGAUUCUCUGAAAGAGCUUCAAAGAGCAAACCUACAAUAAGAAUGAAAUCAUCAUCUCAAAGGAUGAAAUGAUGAAGAACUUGUACUAUCUCUCAAGAGGAAUUGUUGCUGAAAAGAACGGUGCUAUAGAUGACCAUGAAGCUCCAAAGAUCAAAAAUAGGCCAGGAGAUAUAGUCGGACUUCAGUUUUUGAAGAAAGAUGAAGGCAGAUCCUUGACAAAUUGCUAUGCUAAGACUGUCUGUACUGUGAGAAGCUUUCCAAUUUCUGCUUUUAGAGAGAUGAUCAAAGACAUUGAACAGGAGAAGAGGUUGUGGUUUUACAUUGGUCCUUCUAUUAUCGAUCUGAACCCUGACAAAUUCGAAAGAUUACAAGAAUUCACCCCGAAUCAGUUGACAGUUCUUUUAAAGAAUUCAAAAUAUGGCUCAUAUAAAUCUGGAGAUAUCAUCAAAUUAGAACACGGAGGUAUCCUCUUUGAAGGUUGGCUUGAAGAAAUUAAUGAAGAAGAGGAAGCAAACGAAGAAGAAAGUUUGCUCAGUGAAAGUGAGAAAGGAUUUGGCAAUAGGCAUAGACCCAAAGUGAGGAGUUACAAGUUCAUCUACCCCACUAUGUCUAAAUAUAAAGCAAAGGAUAAUGUCUGAUGCUUUGAAUUCCCAGCCUCACUUAAGGAAUCAUGGUUAUCUUUUGAUCCCAAAGUGUUAUUUGAGAACUUCAAGGUUCUUCCUGGAGCACAGAAUACACUUACAAGAAGAACUUUCAGGCAGAAUACUUUACAAAAGAAGAAGACUCUUUUCUUAGGUGUUGCUAAAGAACUUACAAAUAAGGAUAGAGUAGAAACAAUUAGAAAGAAAAGCAUGGCUGUUUUUGAGGAUGAGAAGAUACUGGAACAUUCUGGAAAUAAGCUUGAUGUAGCAAAUGGAAUGGACCAAGUAGAAAGCACUAUUAUUCCAAAGGGCAUUGCAAGAGAGAAGACAUUAAAGACAGAAGAUCCAAUGAUCGAAGCUAAUCAGCCUCGUAGUAUAACAGAAGAGAAAUUAAAUACUCUGCCUGAAAUCAACCAAAAGAAAGGCUUAAAUGCAAUUCAUCCGAUGGUUGAACAGUUUGAUAAUGAUAAAGAAGAUAAAAUUGAAGAAGAAAGCAUCAAGAAAGAAGAUGCUUUGGAUCAAAAUCCUGAAAGCUCUGUUGAACAACUAAAUCCUGAAGAUAGAACCUAAGUACUAACUUUUAAGAUCUAAAUCUCCAUCUCUUACU